AAAGGAGGGAGGGAGGAUUGUGGACCAUAGAAAAAAAGAUACUGAAGAUAGCUCCCCAAAAGGGGAAUGUAUUUAUAAUCAUAUGUGUAGCCAUUUUUUAAAGUCUCAUUUUGCAUUCCUUUAGCUUUCUGGUUAUCACUAUAAAUAUUUAGAUUUGGUAAUUCAAUUACGGAAGAGGAGAAAGUCCAGCCCACAUUUCAAACUUGGCCAACCCUUGUUGACAAAGGGAUAUCCUGGUCUACUAUACUGCUUUUUGUCAGCUGGCCUCCUUUGAAAUGCUCUUCUUUCCAAGAUUUCUCUGCGUGGACCCCCAGUGAUGUGUUAUACAUCUUCUAUCUCAGCAUUAUUUUAAUCAGAUAUUAUUUCCGUGAUGGACAAUUCCCCAAAACCUCUAAAGGAAGGAACAGUGAAUGAUGGAAGGGAACUGGGAGAUGAUACUCUAAAGGAAAAUAAAUCUCCUAGAAAGAUUAUUUAUUUUGCAAAUGGUGAAACACUGGAAGAAUGCAGUUCAGAAGAUGAUGUUGAGGAGGACAAUCAGAAGCCAUUACUUGACACUGCUAAUCUCUCUUGGGGUAAUUAUCUACGAAGCUGGGCACUUCAAAUUGUAGCCACAGCAUUUUUUGCUUGUGAAUUUCUUGGUGGGAAAUUUGUCACAUUCCUUGGACUCAAUGAACCUAAAUACCAGUAUGCAGUAGAUGAAUACUACAGGACACAAAAUAAGAAAAAUGAAAGUGAUGAAGAUGGUGAGGAGAUGCCAAAAAUGAAGGAGACAACCACAUCAAAUGAAAAGUACCACCUGGAAAUGAAGCAGCUAAGAUACGGGUCUAUUAAUUGUAAGGAUACUCAGAAGGACACUGUUGCAAAUGUAAAUGAACUUGAAGAAGGUGGGUUGCAAAAUUUAAAAUAAAUCAAAAUUAUG